AUGGGGACGGUGAAUUUAUACACAAUCCGUCAAUUUUUCUUCGGAAUCGUUAUUACCGCCAUUGCCAUGACUUUGUUCACUUACAACUGGCUGGAGAAAUAUUUUGAACAAAAAAACCGACUCAAUGAAGCAACGAUCGAAGAGCUUGAAUUUAUCGGGCACAUUCCCCAGCCAGAAUACGCGAUUCCAAAGCUUCCAGACCUCUCACCAAUCGAAACAAACAAAGGGCCAGAUCAUGUUCUCUACCCCGAUCAGCCUUCGGCAGAAGAACAGCUCAAGGAACUCGAAGAGCUUUCAAACCAGCAAAAUUCACAGCCAGUGAAUGAUCUUUCGUGGGAUGAAAUCAAAGCGAAAGCCGAUCAAAAACGAGGAGAAUUGUCGUUCGAAAAUGAAGAAGAAGCUCUCCCUGCAUCGUGGGAAAUGGAACAAAAUCCAGAAGAAGCGGUAGUCCCAAAGCCCAAGUCACCGCAAGACUUGAGCUUUGAGAAACAAAAGGAUACAGACCUCAGUUUUGAUAUCAUCAACGAAGUUAUUUCUAAGCCACAAAACUUCGAUCCACUAAACUCUGAACGACUCGUUCACAUCGACCUGAAAGGUGCUCCAAUGAAACCAUCCUAUUUGGAGGAGCUUUUCGCAAAGAUCGCGGAAUGGGGCGCAACUGGACUCAUCAUCGAAUACGAAGAUUCUUUCCCGUUUUCUGGCGAUUUCGAAAAGAUCAAGAGCAAGCAGUUUUCCUAUUCUGUUGAUGACAUAAAGCGCAUCAACACGGCAGCAAGCAACAACAACUUGACAGUUAUCCCAUACAUCUCUCUCUUCGAUGAUCUGGACUUUUUACUCAAAGACCAGAGUUUCAAAAAGUACAGAGAAAUGAGCCAUUUCUCAGAAAUGAUCUCUCCUUUGCAUGAAGGCUCGGAAAUCAUCGCAGCGCAGUUGGCUGAGCAAGUAGCCGAGCUGCAUCCGAAUUCAAAGUUUAUUCAUAUUGGAGCCAGAGAGCCGGAAAUGCUUGGUUGGUCACUUUUAGCGAAACAGUGGAUGCAUAGACAUGAAAAAAGUCCACAAGAAUUAUACCUUGACUACGUCGCUCGACUCGUUGAUCAAGUAAAGUCGCGGACCCACAAGAAUGUCAUAAUUUGGGGCAACAUUCUGAUGACCGUCCCACAAGAAGCUCUGGCUCUUUCCGGCGUUCACAAAAAUGUUUAUAUAAUGAUGGAGUCAUACAAGGACAAGAAUCUUGAUUUCGACGACCUGGCAUUACCUGAUUUCGGGAGACUCUUCCCCGGCGUUUUUCUUGCUGGAUCGUUCAAGGGAACAGCCCAUUCUAGUCGGUCAAUUCCUAAUAUCAUGGAACACGUGAAAAACAUCAACGAAAUCCUCAAUCUCGCCAAAACAGUUUCUCAAAAACGCGUUCCAGUAAAAGGGACAGUAAUUAUGGGAAACUCUCGAAGUCAUCAUUCGAGUAGUCUCUCAGAACUGCUUCCAGUUUGUAUCCCCAGCAUGAUUUCUUGUCUCAUCGGAAUGAAAGCUGGAGAAAUAUCGACCCUGACAACCUACAACGCUGCCAAAGCCAUCGGUCUCCGAGGAGGCGCCUUACCAGACAUGUCCUGGCCCAGACCGCUCCCUCCCGUCGGCGGUGAAUUUCCAGGAAGCAAAGCUUGGCUCGCAGUUCAAAAUUUAGAAAAUCAGCUUUAUGAUGCCCGGCGAGUACUUGAGGGCAAAAACAUAAAACUUUAUUUAACCGAAUACCACACGAAAGAAACGAUAGCAGAUGUUAUGCCUAUCAAAGAUAUAAAACUUGCAGUAACUGUACAACUCACGCAGAUUGAAAAGCAUAAAAAAGCGAUAGAAGAAAAUCUUCAAGACAUCUAUUAUUACGACACGAUAGCAGAAUUUUUAGAAGAACAUUUAGAACCAGUCAAGAGGGAGCUCUCCUCGCUCAAUUCUCAAGUUCAAGAUAUUUUAAAUACGGACCAAAGAUAA